GGGACAGACCCCGGGAGCGCAGCGUGGCCGUGCACAUGACAGGAGAGAGGGCUGAAUGAACUUUAAAUCUGCCUCCCAACUUUCAGCCUCUCUCCUCAUGUGGGCUUGUCCCCCCCCUCCCCGCCCCUCCCUCUCCCUCCUCCGCCGCCGCUCCGCAGGUGAAAACCCAGAGGCAGAUCUCAGCCAUGGAUUCACUGCGAUCACGAUCCGAGUGCUGAGCCGUCACGUCUUUCCACUCUUCCAGAUUUCCAGGCGGGUUUGCGGAUGAUCAUUAGCGUCGUGAGGCGAGAUGAUGGCUUCAAUAGGGGAGUUCGACCCUCUGAACACCAGAGUCCCUGCAACUAAAAUAGAAGUUACAGUUUCCUGCAAGGGUCUCCUGGAUGUGGAUACGUUCUCCAAGUCAGAUCCAGUGGUUGUGUUAUAUGUGCAAGGUGUGGGAACCAAAGAGUGGAGAGAGUUUGGCAGGACGGAAGUAAUCGACAACACCCGGAAUCCAGAUUUUGUCAGGAAGUUUGUGCUAGAUUUCUUCUUUGAAGAGAAACAGAAUCUAAGGUUUGAUGUGUAAGUAUUUCUUUGACAC